AGCCAACUCUUCUCUUCUAAUCUUUAUGGUACUAGAAUGCUAAAUCGGGCAAAUCCCAAAACCAUCCCUUAGCCUUGCUCUGCCCUUGCCAGCGGCUCUCACCUCUGGCCCUGCUCAGUUCACAGCUCUUCAACCCCCUGCCUCACUUGCUGUGAUAUGAUCUCUGAUUAUUCUGAUCAUCACUUUCCCUUAUGAACUUCUGUAUGGGAGUGUCGUUGACUAUUCUCAUCUGCAGGUCUUUGGAUGCUUAUGUUAUCCAUAUCUUCGACCAUACAUCAGAAGCUUGAACCCAUUCUCGCCCAUGUGUCUUCCUUGGUUACCCAUCCAAUUAUCAUGGGUAUUGAUGUCUUGAUCUCGCUACUGGAAAGAUAUUCAUUUGCCCUCAAGUUGUGUUCGAUGAGCACUCAUUUCCUUACAGAUCACAUGCACCUAUCUCGGCGAAUUCCAAUUGAUCUACUCCGUGCCUGCAAAAGCUACUGAUGUUGAUUGGGCCAGGAAUCCGAAUGAUCGGUGAUCUGCUUGAUGGCCCAAAUUUUUAUAAGCAGACAGUACAGAUUCAUGCCAAGACUGUUAAACAUGGUCUGGAAUUGAAAAAUACUGUCUGCAAUGCGAUGAUUACCUCAUACUCUGAGUGUGGUUCCAUUGAAGAUGCCAAAAAGGUGUUGGAUGGUUCUUUCUUGACGCAAGAUAUAGUGACACGGAACUCAAUGCUUGGUGCCUACCUGGUCCACGGUAAAGAAGAUUCUGAAUUUAAACUCUUCAUUCUCAUGCAGCAGGAUGGUUUUGAACCAGAUAUCUAUACAUAUUCAAGUAUGAGAAGUGCAUGUUUCGAACAAUUGCAGAAGAGUCUGGGUACAUGUCUUCAUGGUUUGGUAAUUAAAAGAGGACUGGAGAUUUCUGUGCCUAUAUCCAAUGCGUUGAUAGUAGUGUACUUGAAAUCAAACAACAGAUCCAUGGAGGAAGCUCUUUGCAUAUUUGAGUCCAUAAAAUCCAAAGAUCGUUUCUCUUGGAACUCCAUAUUGACCGGGUAUUCCCAAUUCGGAUUGAGUGAGGACACGUUGAAUUUGUUUGCCCGCAUGAGUUAUCUACUUGUCGAGAUAGAUCACUACUCCUUUUCGGCAGUUCUCAAGUCUUGCUCUGUUUUAGCGACCCUUCAACCGGGCCAAGAGGUCCAUGCCCUGGCACUUAAGACAGGUUUCGAGGCGAAUGAAUUUGUUGCAGGUUCACUCAUCUUUAUGUAUGCCAAGUGUGGGAUUAUCGAAGAUGCUAGAAAGUCCUUUGAGGAGACCCAACAAGAUAGCUUGGUGACUUGGAACUCCAUCAUUUUCGGUUACGCCCAACACGGACUAGGGCAUGAUGCCCUUGACCUUUUCAGAUUAAUGAUUGCAAGAAAGGUCAAACCCGACCACAUAACAUUCGUUGCAGUUCUCACAGCCUGUAGCCACACCGGGUUGGUUGAAGAAGGUGAAAAACUUCUACAAUCAAUGGACAGAGAUUAUGGGAUUCCAUUAAGAAUGGAGCACUAUGCCUGUGCCAUUGAUCUCUUUGGGCGUUCAGGUUGUAUUGAUAAGGCCAAGGCCUUAAUCGAAUCUAUGCCCUUCAAGCCCGAUCCCAUGGUGUGGAAGACUCUAUUGGGAGCUUGCAGGACUUGUGGGGACAUCGAACUUGCAAGGACAGUUGCAAGCGAGUUGCUAGAGUUAGAGCCUGAAGAACACUGUACCUAUAUUCUGCUGUCGGAUGUGUACGAUCUUGGUAAGUGGGGCGAGAAGGCGGAGAUCAAGAGGCUUAUGAGGGAGAGAGGGGUGAGAAAGGUCCCACGAUGGAGUUGGAUCGAGCUUCAGAACGAGGUCCAUGCUUUUAAUGCAGAGGAUCAUUCCCACCCACAUGGCACGGAUAUAUAUUUUAUGUUGGGUGGACUAACGGAGUAGAUAAGGCGGUUGGAUUUGGUUUUGGAUGCUAACUUAGAGGCUUUGGGCUGCACUCCUUGCCCUCAACAUUGCAGGAGAAAGAGGAGCCACAAAGAUCUGGCUUCGUUGCGACGUUUUGCUACUAGUGGAAGCCAUUUUGAACCCACGCUCUUCCCCAUGGGAAAUUAGAAACAUAGUCUCUGAUAUUAUCUUGACUGAUGGUGUGUUUGUUUUUUAAAAAAAUUUCAACUCAA